CCAACCCCCACUACAGACAAUGUUUUGGCAAAAUAAUAAAAUUUAACAAUAAAGAUAUAUUGUUGCACAUUAAAAUAAACUAUUAUUUUUAAAAAUGCCACUUAUACGCUCGGCCAGUUAUAAUUUAUUCAUAGAAAUUCUUCUUCGUAUUCUUUUAUUCUCCGCUUUUUGUUAUAUGGAAUCAUUGAAUCCCUUCAUCAGAGUGAUACCACAUUCAGAACUUGAAAGUAACUGUAAAUAUCCUCGGCAUGAAUCCUACGUUCCCAGCGGAAUGCUCUGGUCCAUUGUACUAUCAGUUCCAUGUGUGCUGUCAUUGAUAGCGUGGGCAGUAUGCAAUGAUUGCAAUGAUGCUUUGGAGUUUCUGCUCUCCUGGUCGCUCGCUUUGGGAAUAACGGGAGUGUUAACUGAUACGGUUAAAUUAAUUGUUGGUCGACCGCGCCCCGAUUUCUUCUACCGUUGCUUCCCCGAUGGCAUUGAAACGCCGGAGCUUCAAUGUACAGGCGACAUAUCCGACAUUAUGGAGGGGAGGAAGUCGUUUCCUAGUGGACACAGCAGCUUGUCGUUCUGUUCAUUGGGUAUUGCGUCAGCUUGGAUCUGUGGAAGGUUGGGCACGAUAUCCAGAAAGCGUGGCUCGGGGGCCAGGGUGUUGACCACGAUCAUACCCCUCGUGAUGGCAGGCUGCAUCGCACUGUCCAGGACCUGUGACUACCACCAUCACUGGCAAGAUGUCCUGGUGGGAUCGACCUUGGGGUUCACGGUUUCCGUGUUGUGCUAUCGUCAGUACUACAACCCUCUCACGUCGGACUUGGCGGGCGUGCCCUACAUAGUCUCCAAGGCGAACUCCGCUAAAUACUUCAACGGCAAACCGGAUAUAAGCCCGAUUAAAGACUGUAAAGAAGAAUCUACACCGUUGCUGAACGGAAAGAAAGAUGAUAAAUGGAUUUAAUGUUUUCAUGAUGACAGUACGCGAUUG